AUGACCGCGGCGCUCAAGAAAGAGCUACGGCACCGCAUCACAUCCGCGACUCAAGCGCUUUCUGAUGCUGAGGUGAAGGCGCAAAGCUUCCUCUUGGCUGAAAAAGUAUGCGCACUGCCAGAGUUUGUGCGUGCCCGUGGGGUCAGCGUCUAUCUAGAGAUGCCCAAGGAAGCGACCACGUCGAAGCUUCUGGAAGCCGCUUUUGCAUCUAAUAAGAAGGUGUUUGUGCCUAAGAUUUUGGGCCCGUCAGCAGAUGAUCUCAUGAUGUUGCAGACAAUGGCGAUGAAGGACGUCCGCAGCUUUUCAAAGGACAAGUGGCACAUUCCAGAUCCGCCUUUACUAAUGGAUUGUGGCAUACCACGAGACGACGCCCUACAAGGCAACGAACUCGAACUCGUGCUGCUGCCCGGCGUAGCUUUCGAUCGUCGAGGAGGACGUCUAGGCCACGGGAAGGGGUAUUACGAUUCGUUCCUUCGUCGACUGGCGGCGCACUAUGACGCCAUCGGACGAUCUCCUCCUGUUACAGUCGGUCUAUGUCUAACACCGCAGCUUGUGAAGCAUGUGCCAUUGGCAUCGCAUGACUACGUGCUCGAUCUGGUUGUCACACCUGAGGAAGUCAUCCGUGUCAGAACCGAUAUGCUUUCUCGCUUAGGCUGA